ACAUCAAAUAACAAACAGGAAGUAACUUUGCUUGUUUCAACACAGUGCGAGACUUGACUAAGUGAUGUAUUUAACCACAUCUCUGACGCUAUGUGUUUUAUCUACAGGAGUCUUCAGAUCCACGAGAUGACAGGCGUCUCUCAUACCCGCUGGCUGCAGGAGCAGAGGGGGCAGGAGGGGGGCGAUGGGCUCGGGGGGCCGCUGAGAUACUCAGACCCCUGCAUCUUCUGGCUGCACGCUGACAUGGAAGCUCUAGACAAGCGGCUGGAUACUCGUGUGGAUGAGAUGUUGUCUGCUGGACUCAUAGAUGAGCUCAGAGACUUCCAUGUUUGCUUCAAUCAGCAGAAAGUCCAGGAUGACAGGUCUCUUCUUAUGUCUAAUGUAUCUUGUGUGUCUUUGUAUGAACGAAUUCUGCCGUCGGGGGUUGGUCCUUCCACGGGCGAACGCACAUCACCGUCGUUGGAAAGUGUCCCAUUUCAACGGCCGGCCUGGUCCUUCCUGGCCCAGUCGAAGAAGCCGAUUUUCGUACCCCGAGUGUGA